AUGGCGGGCGCACCAAAACCCAAGACGAAAUCCGACCUCCUUCGCUUCUCGGGACACAAGCAUCUUCGCCAGCGUCUGGUCCUCUCCAUCCUCUCGGGGAAAUCUCUGCGCGUGGAUGGUAUCAGGACAGACGACGUUCAUGUCGGUCUGAGGGACUAUGAAGUCAACCUCCUCCGUCUGGUGGAGAAGGUGACGAACGGGAGUACCAUUGAGAUUAAUGUGACAGGUACAUCCUUCCUCUUCCACCCCGGCCUCCUUCCCGGCGGAACCUACUCGCACACCUGUCCCCGAAGCGUCGGAUACUACCUCGAGCUGCUCGUCCCUUUGGUGCCAUUCUGCAAGAAACCCUUCUCAAUCACGCUCAACGGAAUCACAGGCGAAGAGGGCGGCGACCUUUCGGCCGACAUGGUGCGGACCGUAACUCUUCCCCAUCUCCAACUGUUUGGGGUCCGCGACGCAGAGCUGCAGAUCAAGAAACGCGGGGCAGCUCCAGGCGGUGGCGGACAGGUUGUCUUCUCUUGUCCGAAUGUGCGACAGCUCAACACGCUCCGCUUUUUGGAUGCUGGCAGGAUUAAGAGGAUUCGCGGGAUCGCAUACUCUACUCGCGUGUCGCCCCAGUUCGCCAACCGUAUGGUUGAAGCGGCACGGAGUGUGCUUAAUCGAUACAUCCCCGAUAUUUACCUUUAUACCGACGUGUAUAAGGGUGAAGAGGCUGGAAAGAGCCCUGGGUACGGACUUACCCUCGUCGCACAGAGUACUACCGACGCUGUACACUCUGCUGAGGCGCUCUCUCACACGCCGGGCAAAGAAAGUAUUGCGCAGACGCCAGAAGACGUCGCGCUCCACGCUACACGGUUGCUCCUUGAAGAGAUUAGUCACGGUGGUGCGGUGGAUGGAAAGCACCAGUGGCUCGUGCUCCUUCUCAUGGUUCUCGGGAAGGAGGAUGUUGGCAAGUGUCUCAUGGGCGACUUGACCCCGCAUACCAUCCAGUUCCUCCGCGACGUACUCCUCUUCUUCGGCGUCAAGUUCAAGAUCUCGCCAGCGCCCGCCCCUGAACUCGAGGAAGGCGAAGAGCGCCCCGCCUCUCGCGGCACAGGCGAAGUACUCGUCUCCUGCGUCGGCGUGGGGUACAGCAACGUCAACAAGGCUAUGGCGUAA